AUGAAAGCAAACCUCGAUAUUAUGGACUCUUCAGGCUCGAGUCGGACUGACGACGGAUCCCUCAUCCUUCCGAUUGACUUUGUGCCUUCUGAUAACGAAGUGAUUAUUGGAAGGGGAAAGAAAGUCAAUGCUCACGUUGGCAACAAGCGGUUUCGAAGCCUGGUCCAGCAGGAGACGCAAGAUUACGCCGUCGCACAAGACAAGGCCCAGAAAACACUUGUGGUCUCGAAGGUUCUCUUUGAAGUUCGUGGGUGGGGUGGAGAUGUGAAAAACUUUGGAUUCGUCAAGUGGGAUCGGCGCAUCAAACGUUGGAUUGCUCCCAAGGACAGUGUGGCACGUGUUGCUGUGGCUCAGGCAUUUCGGGAUGCUCUGGGGCGCAAAAGUGGAUACGCCAGCAGCAAGGACAACAAGCAAAGACAACGGCACAUUGAAAAGGGAUACAUCAAAGUAGAGGACAGCCCUGCAGAGGCAACAAGACCAGCUCGAAGAGGUGACGACAUGAGCCCUCCUGUGGAUGACUUUGGCGAUGGGAAACCUCCUGCAAGGAUCACAAACGCCAACCCAUCCACACAUGGAUUCAACCAAAUUGCUCAGCAACGGUUGCUCAUGCCCCCACCAGCACCUUAUCAGCAGCUUCCAUUGGGUCAAAUGCCCCUCCCUUCCUCUUACUCCAUACCAGAGCCUGACCCAUUUCCACCUGCUUAUGGGGACCCAAACCAGGGCAGAGCCAGUGCCAUGCCUCAUUAUCCACAGCACAAUGCUCCAGAUGCUGGUCAGAUCUAUGAUGCCAUCACUGCUGUUACGGGCACUGGUACCAAUCCUGAGCCCCAGUCCAAUUCUGAAUUUGAGCUAGAGGUUGAUGAUGACCUUUUGGAACCAAUCCCUUUGAAAGAUGACGAAACAGCUUUCUACUACAAACACAACAAUGACUCAAAAGACCAUGGUGGAGGGCACACCUAG